AUGAAUUGGCAAGGAAGAUCAACAUAUAAGCCUAGACCAAGAGGAAGUUUACAGUUUCCUGAACUGAUUGGGCUUAUGCUCAUUAGUGCCUCAACAUUCCAUCAGCCCAGUGAUGAAGAGCCUCAGGAAGAGAAACCACCCACUGAAAGUCAAGAUUCUACACAUGGUCAGGAGAGAGAAGAAGAUCAGGAUGCUGCUGAGAUUCAGAUGCCUGACCUGGAAGCUGAUCUCAAGGAUCUGUCUCAGUCAAAGACGGGGGAUGAAUGGGGAGAUGGUACUGAUGUCCAGGGGAAAAUCCUGCAAAAAUCAUAUCAAUUUAAAAUGCCAGAAAGUGAUAUGCUAUCCAUUAAGAUGCAAAAUUAUGUGCUUUCUGUUUUCCAUAAUAUUAUAAUUUUGAUAAUACAAAGAGAGAACAUUACUACCCCUUUAAAAACAGAAAGCAGAGUUCAAAUGCAGACUUACUUUGAAAAGUAG